AUGGGCAAGCUGAGCAAAAGUGAGCUGGUCAAGAAGCUGGCGCUGAAGAGCUUCAAGGAGUGCGACCUGGACAACGAUGGUUCCAUCGACGUGAAGGAGCUGCACGUGGGGCUGCUGCUUGUGUACGACAAGCUGAACAAGGUGGCUGGGCUGCUGCUGCGAGCUAAGGCCCUGCCUGUUUACAUCAAGCCUCCCAAGCACGAGGAGAUCCAUGGCAUCCUGAAAAAGUAUGAUGCAGACGCGAGCGGCAAGCUGAGCUUUGAGGAAUUUCAUGAGUGUGUCAGCAUGCUGGUGGGCACCAACGACCGCGCAACCUUCACCGAGUCGCUGCCCUUCAAGAUCUUCGCCCGCAUGGCACUCAAGAUGCUGGUCUUCCCGCUCACCGCAUGGGCGAUCAAGAGUGCGAUGGAGGAGUGCGCGGGGGAGGAGAGCAAGGAGGUGGUGCGCAAGGUGCCCAACGGGGUGCUCGUGUUUGCGGUGGAGGGGUUGUACAAGGCAGGCAAGCUGGCGUUCCAGGAGCGCGGCGCCGCAUAG